ACAGAGUUGUUGUGCCUUAUCCCCCGACUGCCGACAUGUGGCUCGUGUCUGUGCUGCUGCCCAUCCUGAGGGUCUAUUACACGGGCCUGAGAGUCAUCCUCCAACAAAUGUGCGGCGGCCUCGCAUUCUCCCAUCCAGCAGGUACUCAUUAAUGAGUGAAGGAUUACCUGACGUAACGGCAGCUUUGACACAAUGGAGACUAAAAAUGCAGAAGGUUUGCAACCUGACCUUAAACUAGUUGCCCACCCGAGAGCUAAGAGCAAGGUAUGGAAGUACUUUGGGUUUGACACCAACGCAGAGGGAUGUAUAUUGCAGUGGAAGAAGAUAUACUGCCGAAUUUGUAUGGCCCAAAUUGCAUAUUCUGGAAACACCUCAAACCUUUCUUAUCACCUUGAGAAAAACCACCCAGAUGAGUUUUGUGAAUUUGUUAAGAGCAAUACUGAGCAAAUGAGAGAAGCAUUUGCAACAGCCUUCUCCAAAUUAAAGCCGGAAUCCUCCCAGCAAGUUGUUCAGGAAACGUUAAUAAUGAAAAACACCCAUAGCUUUGAGAAUAAAAAGCACCUGGAGUUGACAUCUGCUGUAAUCAGCCUGAUUUGUGAGGGAAUGUUCCCUGCUUCUAUAUUAGAUGAACCUACUUUUAAAAACCUUUUGAAAACUGCAGAACCAAGGUAUGAAUUUCCAUUGAGGAAGUAUAUAUGUACCAGGGUAUUGCCAGAGAAAUAUAAUGCUAUUCGGGAGAUCGUUUUGAAAGAUCUGACUGAUAUUUUGUGGUGUGGGAUUUCCACAGAUCUGUGGAAAAGUGAAAAUCAGAACAGAUCAUAUGUUACCCUCUCAGUCUACUUUAUGUCUAGUGGUCCCUCUCAUUGUUUAUCUGUAAACUCCCGCUGUCUAAAAACAUUUGAAGUGCCAGAGGAAAACAAAGCAGAGACUAUUACACGCGUUCUUUAUGAAACGUUCAUUGAGUGGGGAAUCAGUACGAAAGUCUUUGGCGCUACAACCGAUUUUAGCAAAGACAUUGUCAAGGCAUGUUCACUCCUUGAUAUUCCUGUAGACAUGCCUUGUUUAGGACAGACAUUUGAUAUGGGAGUACAACAAGCAUUUCAACUUCCAAAGCUGUCUAGCUUGCUUGCCAGAUGUCGCAAAUGUGUUGAGUAUUUUCAGCAGUCCUCCAUUGCGAUGUACAUGCUCUGUGAGAAACAAAAACAACAAAAUCUUUUUCCCUGCAUGCUCAUAAGUGACCGUGUUUCCUGGUGGGGCAGCACACUUCUCAUGCUGCAACGACUUAAAGAACAGCAGUUUGCUAUUGCAGGUGUUUUGGUGGAAGAUAGCAAUAACCAUCAUCUGAUGUUAGAAGCGAGUGAGUGGAAUACAAUUGAAGGUUUGGUGGACCUCCUCCAGCCAUUUAAGCAAGUUGCUGAAAUGUUGUCAAUGUCAAAAUAUCCAACAAUCAGUAUGAUCAAACCCCUUCUCCAUAUGCUGCUGAAUACAUCAUUAAACAUCAAAGAGACAGACCUAAAAGAAAUAAGCAUGGCUAAAGAAGUGAUUGCUAAAGUUCUAUCCUCUACAUAUCAGCAGACACCAGAUAUAGACAUGUUCCUAAAUGUUGCAACUUUUUUAGAUCCGCGAUAUAAAAAAUUGCCCUUUCUGUCUGCAUUUGAGCGUGCCCAAGUUGAGAACAGAGUAAUAGAGGAGGCAAAAUGUUUCAUAGACAAAGGAAAAGAGAACUUAAAAAAUGAAGAUAAAGUUUUUACAAUUUCAGAAGAGCCCCCAAUGAAAAAAAUGGCUUCCUCCACCCCACCCCCUACCAGCAGCAUUAACAGCAUGUUGGCUGAGAUUUUCUGCCAGUCGGGUUCAUCUGAAGACCAAGAGGAAUGGCAUGCCCAGGUUGUUGAAGAACUCAGUAAUUUUAAGUCACAGAAGGUUCUUGGUCUAAAUGAAGAUCCACUUAAGUGGUGGUCUGAUCGCUUGACAUUGUUUCCUCUUUUACCAAAGGUACUUCAAAAGUACUGGUGUAUAAGACCUACCAGAGUCUUCCCUGAACGCCUUUUCAGUUCAUCAGCCAAUGUUGUAAAUGCAAAAAGAAAUAGAUUAGCUCCUGCUCAUGUGGAUGAGCAGAUAUUUUUGUAUGAAAAUACACGCAAUUGCUCUGAAGCAGAGCCAGAAGAUGAUGAUGAAGGAGAGUGGGGCUUGCAACAGGAACAGUUUUUUAGUUUAAGCGACGCAGUUAAUGUUGGCAGUGCAUUCUUUUCCAUAAGGGAUAAUGGAUUUAUUUAGAAUAUACUGUACAAAAGGUACAUGCUACUGUAAAACUUCCAGCAAGGUGUUUGUUUUACCAGCCACUAAAAAAUUUACCCUGGUGCAUUUUUAAUUGUAAAUGGUUCUGAAUUUUGUAUGUGUUGUCUGCUAUAGUGAUUAUAAAUAUGUUUGCCUGGCUUGUCCCAACCUGCUUUUUUUUCAGCUGUUCCUAAACUUCAGUUGCCAACAUGCACAGCUACCUAACAGUGAGGCUGCAGGUUGAGCAUCCCUGUACUAAGCUUUACAAGGUUUCACACCUUAAAAAUCAUUUAUCAAGGCCAUAUUAGUUUAAAUAUACCCAAAAUACAAGACUUUUGUUCAUGUAGCAUUGUGAAUCUAAAGCUUCAACACAAGCAAUAACAAACAUCCAUUUGUAAAGGUGGACGUAUGUCUUUAUCUUAUUUUUAACCAAAAUAAGUUCAUUAUUUUAAACUACAUAAUUUUUCUAAAGAACCCUAUAUGACUGUUUAUUAUUUUAGUGAUAUAGUCCAAAUUGUACUGUGAAAUAGUAAAGGAUUCAGGAGCAUUUAAUACUGAUUUAUGGUUCCCGGAAACUACAAUUUGGCACAAAACCUGUGGCUGAGAAGAACCUGCAUUUUUAAUAUGCUCUUUUAACCUGCAGUUCUGUGAAGUGUGAAUCAAAAUUAGGAGAUGCGGGUUGGAGCGAGGUGCAGAAUAUGAUUUUAGAUUUUAAUUUUUAUAUUACAAAAUGGAGAUUCCUGCUUCAGCUCUAAAAUCAUGGAGUUUAACAGGACUUGGCACUAUUUUUUUGCACUUGUACGAGUGGUUUCAAAUUACGAAAUUGUUGCUAACGUAUUUUAACCUACACCUGAGCAGGACAAUAUUUGUGAAAUCACUUAAAUCCAUGCUGUUAAUCUUUAAAGGUGACCGGUGACACUUAGGGGCAGAUUUAGCAAACUGUGAGUUUAGAGUUUAAUAAAUAAAAACUCAUCCACUUUUUUUUCAUUCCUAUGGGAUUUUUAGAAUUGUAUUCAUUAAAUGGUGAGUUCUAACUUUCACCCAUUGAUAAAUAAUUCUAAAAAUCCCAUAGGAAUGAAAGGAAUGUGGGUGAGUUUGUAUUUAUUAAGCUAAUUUUGAAAAAUCUGCCCCUUUGUAUAACAGAUAUCCCUAUGCAACAUUUAGAUAGAGCUCUAUUUUGAGAAGAUAAAAAAAAAAAGUUAUGUAACUUUUUAAAAAAUCUCUGAAUACUUUUAUAAAUAGUCCUUUGUUGCCAUCCCUCUGCAGAACAGGAACUACUCCUGACAUUUUGUGCAUUACCAGUUUAAUGAUGUCAAACUAAACUAGCUGGGUACACCUACUUUUCAUUGUCAAAAGGACAACACUUCUUCUUGAACUGUGGUGGGUGGAUUAAGCAGAUCAAUAGUUUUUAGGAAAAGGGCACACCGAGCAUAGGCUCCGCUGCUCUCAGCCUGCAUAUUUUUUGCAGGCUGAGAGAAGCACAUCUGCUCUGCACCCCAUCUCCAUUCAUUUGAACCGAUUGCGUGCAGUCACACAGCACGGAGCAGAGGUUGCCCCGAAAAUGCCUGGCCCGACCUCUGCUCUGCAUGUGACUGCACGCAAACAGAUCUUAUUCAAAUCAAUGGAGAUGGGACAUGGAGUGGAUCCGCUUCUCUUAGCCUGCAAAAAAUAUGCAGUGUGGCCUACACUUUGUGUGACCUUGGCCUUAAUGUGUGAGCUGUUUAUCACAUUGUAGUAAUAUCAAGAAUCUACAGCACAAGACCAGGCAGGUCUCAGGCGUUUGGUGACCUUGAUUCUUCCUUUUCUCAAUCAAAUGUUUGAGGUUUGCCCAUCAUGUUAUGCUCAACACUGUGCUGAAAUAUGUUGGAUGGGUGUUUUGUAAAUCAUUUGAACUUAUAUUUGUUGGUGUGUGGACAUUAUAUAUUAUAUGGUACAGAAUGUCAUGAUCCUCAGCCUAAUACCACUUCUUGAAGGACACAACAAUUUAAGAGGAACUCUUUUGAUUCUUCCUCUUUCUAGCCAAAAGUUCAAGGUCUGUCCAUCUUAUCCUGUUCAACAUUGUACUGAAGUGUGCAUGGUCAGCAGUUCUUGUUCCACUUUAAGCUUUGAAACUGCACCAAUAAGAGCGUGUCCCAAACUUUGGCCAUAUACUGUAUGUAAGCUGCUUACACACUAAAUAAAUGUUUUGAUGAAUGUUGUACUCAAUGUUUUAAGCUGUUUUUGACAAAUUUAAUUAUUUUGUUACAUAGUCAUGCCGUCAUAUUGUCUGGAAUUAUUGUUAAUAUUAUUGAAAGCCAUAAUCUUGUUGAUGUAUUGCUUAGAGAUCUACCUAAUGCUGGGAAUCAAGUAUGGGAAUAAUUUAUUUGAAGAAAAUAUAUUUUUUGUUAGGUACAUUCAAGCUUUUUGAUAUAGUUGAUGUCUUUCAUGGUGUAAACAUUUCAUAUUGUACAGUUGUGUGGGAACUGUUAGCGCUUUAUUAAUAAAUUAUGGACACAAUAAAUAAGGUACUACAUUUGUGUACCAGUUAUUCACUG